AUGUUUACACCCUUUAAAUGUAAUUCCUGUAGAUUUAUAGUAUUUGGAAAGGGAACGGAGUUAAUUUUUUACAAUUUCAAAGAUAAUUCAGACCAAACCUUUAAAUUAUUGGAUUUACUAUCUGUUGUGGACCUUGGAACUGAACAAAAUCAUAAUUAUAACAUCCAAUCACUAUCAGUUUUUUCUAACCCAUUCAAAGGUAGUAAAGGCAAUAACAAAGUUGAGAAUAAGUCUCAAUUUUUAACGAAAGGGAGUAAAUUCGAGGAUGGAAGAGAUGUGUAUCUGGUUACCCUGUAUUUAGGAAAUGGAUUUAUAGUCUUACUAAAGUAUGAUUGUGAGUUAAAGCUGUAUUUUUACCACAAACUGCCCCUGAAUGAGGAAGAUUCAGAUGUAAACGUAUCCCUGUACACAUUUGACGUAAAUGAUUUAUACACUUUAUAUCUUAGAAAGGGUGAACUUCACUUACUAAGUUGGUCCAAGGACAAAAAUGUAAAGUUAUGUAACAAUGUUCAAAAGUUUAGAUUGUGCAACUCAACACCAAAUGACAAGUUGCUAUUGGUGAUGGAAAACUGUAUAUGCACAGUUACAGUUGAUGAGCUUUUCAUAUCAAAUGCACUCUACAGCAGUUUAGAUACUGUAUUGGACAGUGCAAGCAUGGAGAAUAGGCUGGAAGUAUCGUGUUCCGGUUUGAAGUACAUUCUGGAUUCAAACAAUUUAUUAUUCCUGCUCUAUGAGAAUGAACUGAUGUACACGUUCCUGAAUAAGUUAAGUUUGUACAAGUUUACACAGGUGCAAGAUGUCGUUUUUUUCAACUUCCAAGCUGUUAAUGACAUUAACUUGAUCCUCACUAUUGAUUCAUCAUUUUCAAUUUCGAUUUACGAUUAUGAUACAGUUAGCACUCUUUUCUCACUAAAUAGCUCACAACUACAAGAUAUUGUGAAAAGUGAAAGAUCGAAAGAUCAAGUUGAUUCUACAGAGACCAAUGAAGAGAGUGAAUUGGACUUGAAAUACAACUUUUGUGUAUUAAAUGGUGAUUUAAAUUUGCUGCUGUUUGAUAAUUACAAAUUGGUAUAUAGCCUCAAGUUGUUAUUUCAAGAAGAUAAAUUCGUUUCUGAAUACUCUGUUGAUUCUACAGGGAAAGUAUCUGAAUCGCCAGAUAAAAAGCCGAAUGAACAGACUCAGAAAGAGAAGGAAAAGGAAACUGAAAAGGCUAAGAGAAAAAUGAAUGAUGAGAAGGAAGAGGCUAGGUAUAAGAAGUUAAAGAGUAUUUCUAGAAGAAAACAGUUUUUAGACUUGGAAUCGAUGGAAGAUGACGAUCCUUUAGCCACAUCUCACACAGCAACGACAACUCUUAAUGAUGACUCACUUGAAAGUACAUCACAGCUUUCGUACAGAGGUUCCCAGGACAAGGAAACUGCUACUACAGGCACUGAAACAGGUGAACCAGGUGCAGAAGAAGAGUACGAUAUAGAGAAUUACGGCUCCUAUAACGUUUACAACAACGGAGAUAACUUGGUAUACUUAAUAAACGAGAUUAAGAAAUUGAAGAGAAAAGUAAAACAGCUGGAAUACCUAGCUUUGCCCAAAGAACCAAAAAUACUAACAUCUGGUCUAUGUCCUAAACCAAACGAUCAAUUUAAACAAUGGUAUUUUCCCACCCAGUUAUUUACUCAGUUGUUUACUGUUGAUCAUAGACCACUGAGUGGAUACAUUAAAAAGGUUGACCGUUACAGCUGUCAGAUGGCAUCACUAUAUUUAGACGGUCUCGUAUGUGGUACUAAUAUCUACUCCACUUCCCAAGCUGGAGAAACAGCUGACUAUAAUUCAGAGCCUGAUAAAGAGACGAGUAAGAGCCAGAGCAAGGUUGGUGUGGUAUAUUAUUACAAUUUAUAUAAUAAUAAUGAAAAUUGGGACCGGAGGUUCCCCUGUGAAGAGAUAAAGGCGGUUUCGAUUUCUUCCAACUACAUUUCCGUCGUAACUAAUUUGAACAUUCUAUAUCUGCUGACGCGAAAUAAUAUGCUUUUGAGUGUUUCAAAGCUUAAGGGCUCAAUAGUGUCCCUUCUAACAAACAAGAACAUGCUUGUUGUGGUGACGCAGAUAAUAACAAAUACCCAAAACACGGUAUACAACGUCAAUGUUCUAUGGAUUAAUGGGAUCAAGGGUUUAACCCAUAAUAAUACACUCAAAAUCAUAACUCUUUACAAUGAUCUGUUGAUUCUGAGCAAUAAUACAUACAUUAAACAUCUAGGACUUAGUAACGAGUACGUAUUAUGGUAUAUGGACAGUAAAUAUAAAUUAUGGCUCCUGGCUAACAAUAUAAAGAAUGUAAAUAACAAUGACGUUCUGGAGUGGAUACCAACAGUUAACGUUAAUAGCAACUACUACCCAUUAUACAUUAACAACUUUAAUGUUAGUUUUAAUAAAACUCACUUAUUCACAAGACUAUCUGCAUUACUACUAUAUAUUAAUAUAAUUACUAUACAGUUUAUAGUGUUAAUGAAUGGUGAAAGAUAUCCCAAUUGUAGCAAGAACAUUAGCUUUUUUGGCUAUACUCUCCACAACAUGAGCUUAACUCUGAAUAAUGAAACGAAUACCAUAAUUAAUACACACAAAGGUGCAAGUACUUUGAGGACAGAAGGUGCAUCAAUAGGAAUUGACAGCAGUAUAUUCAUCAAUACCAAACUCCAGGUUCCAGAGAGUAUUUUGGAAAACAACAUUGACAUCUAUGACGAGCUGAGAUAUAUUCAGAAUAUUAACAUUAACCAACUCCAGUACAUUGUUAACAUCAUUCAACUUUACAACUACUGGUACAUCAGUUCCGAUCCCACUUCAGCUGGUGAUAACAAGAACGAAAUCAACAAAUAUUUAAGUAGUAUCAACAUUUUUGAGAAGAACCACGAUAAAAUCUUAUUGAGGAUUUUGGCCAAAAUACAAACCACAAACAAACUUUAUAAAAAUAGUGAUAUAAUUCAAAUGCUGAAGAUACCAAAAUGCCUAGAGGUGGCCAAGACAAUAGUAAACAAUGACAGAUACAAGUAA